GGUGUCCAUAUUGAAUAAAGGCUGGUCGCUCCACUGUGGAGUUGGCGGCGUUUUACAGUAUUAUAAGAUCGAUACUAAGGACAUGGUUUUCACCUAACUUCAUCAGCACACAUAAUUUUUUUCUUCUUUUUGGACUCCUUAUUUUAUGCCAUAAUGCAACAAGCUUUAGAACUAGCUUUGGAUCGUGCAGAGUAUGUCAUUGAAAGUGCCCGACAGAGACCUCCUAAAAGGAAAUACCUAUCAAGUGGAAGAAAAUCUGUAUUUCAAAAACUUUAUGACUUAUAUAUUGAAGAAUGUGAAAAAGAGCCUGAGGUUAAGCAGAAAUUAAGAAGAAAUGUGAACUUGUUAGAGAAGCUUGUUAUGCAAGAGAAUUUGUCAUGUUUAGUGGUCAAUCUAUACCCAGGAAAUGAGGGAUAUUCUCUGAUGCUCAGGGGAAAAAAUGGAUCAGAUUCUGAGACCAUUCGACUGCCUUAUGAAGAAGGGGAAUUGCUUGAAUACCUGGAUGCAGAAGAAUUACCUCCUAUUUUGGUUGAUCUCUUAGAAAAAUCUCAGGUACAAAUCCUUAGCAGAAUUCUAGAGAAUAUUUCUAGAUUAAGUGAUAUGUAUGAUUACGUAUUUGAAAAUCUUAAAUCUUGUGUUGACAUACGCUCUUACACAUUUCAGGAAGACAAACUUUUGCUUGAGAGCCAGCUGAUCCUAGCUACAGCUGAACCACUGUGUCUUGACCCUUCUAUAGCAGUAACUUGCACAGCAAACAGACUACUCUAUAACAAGCAAAAGAUGAACACUCGUCCAAUGAAACGGUGUUUUAAGAGAUAUUCCAGGUCCUCUCUGAAUCGGCAGCAGGAUCUGUCUCACUGUCCACCUCCUCCUCAGCUGAGAUUACUUGAUUUCUUACAAAAAAGGAAGGAAAGAAAAGCAGGUCAGCAUUAUGACCUCAAAAUUUCUAAAGCAGGAAAUUGUGUAGAUAUGUGGAAACGGAGUCCCUGUAAUUUGGCCAUACCUUCUGAAGUGGAUGUGGAAAAAUAUGCUAAAGUAGAAAAGUCUAUCAAAUCUGAUGACUCACAACCAACAGUCUGGCCAGCCCAUGAUGUAAAAGAUGAUUAUGUAUUUGAAUGUGAAGCUGGCAGUCAAUAUCAGAAAACAAAGCUGACCAUCUUACAGUCACUUGGUGAUCCACUUUACUAUGGUAAAAUACAGCCAUGUAAAGCAGAUGAAGAAAGUGACAGCCAAGUGUCUCCAUCACACUUCUCCACAGAUGAUCAUUCAAAUUGGUUUAUUAUUGGAUCAAAGACUGAUGCUGAGAGGGUAGUUAAUCAGUACCAGGAAUUGGUCCAGAAUGAAGCCAAAUGUCCAGUCAAGAUGUCACAUAGCUCCAGUGGCUCAGCCAGUCUGAGUCAACUUUCUCCAGGGAAAGAAACAGAACAGCCUGAGACCGUGUCCGUUCAGUCUUCCGUGUUGGGGAAGGGAGUAAAACAUCGACCCCCACCCAUCAAACUUCCCUCAAGCUCAGGAAAUAGUUCCUCAGGUAACUAUUUUACACCACAACAGGCAAGCAGCUUUCUUAAAUCUCCGACUCCUCCUCCUUCUUCCAAGCCACCGAGUCUUUCUCGGAAGUCAUCUGUGGAUCUCAGUCAAGUUAGCAUGCUUUCUCCAGCUGCCCUGUCACCUGCCAGCUCAUCACAAAGAACUACGGCCACCCAGGUCAUGGCAAACUCUACUGGACUUAACUUCAUCAAUGUAGUGGGCUCUGUUUGUGGAGCCCAGGCUUUGAUGAGUGGUUCAAACCCAAUGCUGGGCUGUAACACUGGUGCCAUAACUCCUGCAGGAAUAAACUUGAGUGGACUUCUACCCUCGGGAGGUCUGCUACCAAAUGCAUUGCCCAGUGCGAUGCAGGCAGCUUCUCAAGCAGGUGUUCCAUUUGGUUUAAAAAAUACUUCAAGUCUCAGACCCUUGAAUCUACUCCAGCUUCCAGGUGGUUCACUCAUUUUUAACACCCUGCAGCAGCAGCAACAGCAGCUGUCUCAGUUCGCACCGCAGCAACCUCAGCAGCCCACAAGUUCUAGUCCUCAACAGCCUGGGGAGCAGGGUUCUGAACAAGGUUCAACCAGUCAAGAACAGACCUUAUCUGCUCAGCAAGCUGCUGUUAUUAACCUUACCGGAGUAGGGAGUUUUAUGCAGUCACAGGCAGCUGCAGUUGCGAUUCUUGCAGCAUCAAAUGGCUAUGGCAGCAGCAGCAGCACAAACAGCUCAACUACAUCGUCAUCGGCAUACAGGCAGCCAGUCAAAAAGUAAAAUGAAGAGAGGCACGCCAACCACUCCAAAAUUCUGAGUCUUGCAUUAUUUUUUUUUUUUUGAACACAAGAGCAUUGAAUCAAAAGGAUUGAGUUUCUACUUCAUUUUUGUUUUUUAAUGUGUCAGUAUUUUACAUUGCUAGAUGUACAAACUUUAUACAGAAGCACAACCCUAUGAUUUUUAAAUAAAAACAGGGAAAUGGUUUAACAAAC